AUGUCCUUUACUGGAAUAAAAAAGAGUCAACUCAUAUCUCUACCAUUUCUAAAAAAACGAUUACGAUCGAUUACUUCGUUGGGUCUUCGUAAUCUAACAGUGCAUGAAUUUAAUUUUACAGUUCACUUUACAUUACAUCGAAAUGAAAAAACCGUUGCUUUUUAUACAAGUGAACUGGCCGAAAAUCAACGUAGCCCAGAAUGGUCUUAUUUAAAGUUUCCCUCAACCACUCAAUGUUUGCAAGAUUUUGUUAUGCGUGUAUGGAUAACAUCCGAGGAGAAUAGUCGUUUAUUUCUUGAAUAUGACGUUCAUCUUGAUGAUUCGCUUAUCCCUGAUGAACAGAAAGAUGAUUCACAAAGAAGUAAUAAUACACUUUGGCUUGAAAUGUUCGGUUAUCAAUUUACUGACAAUGAAACUAUGUUAGAAAAUCAAAAAAAUGUGCAAUUAACCGAUACAACAUCAACAACAAUAGAUAAAAAGUCUAAACGUAUUAGUUUAGUGAAAUCAUACAAUAAAUUGAGUAUUUUGAGAAUGAUGAAUGUUAUUGAUGCUGUACGUUCUGAAAAUCGAUCAUCAACACAAUAUCUUGAACGAUUGCAAGCAUUUGUUGAUGUACAUCAAGAUCAUUUAUCAAAAAUAAAAGAACGAGAAUCCCGUCGUUUACGUGUUGAGAGUUUAAGACAACAGUUACAGUCGCAAAUAAUAGUAUAUGAACAGCGUUUUAAUAGUUACCAAGAAAGACAAAAACUAUUAGAAGAAAGAAAAAAUCAAUUACAACACAAUUUGUACCAAUUAAUUCAUCAACAUGAACAAAUUAAUUUCUACAUAAAUCAUUUAAAUCAAUCUAAAUGUAUUCUUCAUGAUUUAACACAAGUGAUUAAUUUCCGACAAAAAGAUAUUGUUCAUGAAAUAUAUCACUAUAUUUAUCCUAUUAUUGUUGAUGAUAGCGGUGAAUAUUCCAUUGCCAACGUCAAAUUACCACAAGCGGAAGAUAAAACUUAUCAAACAUCCAUGACUCGUGAACGUGAAAAGGAAGUUGAAGCUGCCAUAGGAUAUUGCGCACAUUUUGUUUUUAUCAUUUCACAAUUCAUGCAAAUACCACUUCGAUUUCCCAUCGAAUUUUAUGGUACAUCACCUAUUAAAAUCUAUGAUUAUUCAUUGCAAUCUGGCGAAUUCGCUUUAUAUCCCAGUUAUGAUAUGAAUAGUUUUCAAUAUGGCCUCUAUUUACUAAAUCGAGAUAUUGGUCAACUAAUGUAUCAUUGUCGCGUCGGUACUCGUCCAACAGAUUAUCGGAAAACAUUAAAAAAUUUAAAAGACUUAUUAGAACAAUAUUUUACAAUUACAAAUAAUAAUAAUAAUAAUAAUAAUCAAAUUCACCUAUACUCUCAAAGCAGCCAGUCGUCAACCCAGACGAUAGUCCCAACUAGUUUGUGCAUUAAUGAACAACGAUUGAUACGACAUAAACAAAAUUCCAGCAAUAACUCUUUACUUUCUUUAUCAGCUUCAACAGCAUCAUCCCUUAUUGAAACUCUUGAUUUAGAUCAGAAUGGCGAUGAUAGUGAUGAUAUAGAUUUAUUUCCAACAUUAAAUCGCAUAUCUCCUCGAUUGAGGAUGCAAUUUUCACAACAAUAA